GUCUUCCGAUUGCCAGACGCCCAGACACCAACUUUGUUGUAUGUUCAUUGUUGACUGUUUCCACUUCAUUUUUUUCUUUAUUAGGCAGUUGCUAUAUUUUGUUAAAUACUAACGUGACUGAUAUUUAUGUUCGUGUGACUACUGGUUCCAAAAGGAAAAAGACAAAACUUUGCGAUCUGCACAAAGCCGCAAACACGUUUAGAAAUAUCAGGCUAGAAGGGCAUAAUUAAGAGAAACUAAGUUGGACAAAAUUCAGGAUGAAACCUUUGAGAGCAUCUAUUAAUGAUUCUGCGGUAUAUUCCAAUUAUGAUAUUAAUGUGCACAAUAUAAUGAAGGAUAUAAUGCACAGUUCUAGAAAGCUGACUAUUCCACUUAUUAGAUGCGAUGAUCAAGUAUUCAAUAGAGUUAUUAAACAAGAACUAAUUAAAGAUACAGACAAUAAUGAAGAUAAUCAACUAUCACAAUUUCGUUUUAGAGAGCAUGAUCAAGUAUUCAAUAGAGUUAUUAAACAAGAACAAAUUGAAGAUACAGACAAUCAUGAAGAUAAUCAACUAUCACAAUUUGGUUUUAGAGAGCAUGAUCAAGUAUUCAAUAGAGUUAUUAAACAAGAACAAAUUGAAGAUACAGACAAUAAUGAAGAUAAUCAACUAUCACAAUUUGGAGUUGAAUGCAAAGAAGAAAUUAACACAACUGCUACCAAAAUAAAAUUUGAAAAGGAUGUGAUCAACAGUUCUGAGUUUGAAGGAUUAGUUAAAAAAGAAUUCCAUCCUUUGGAACUAAUUACUCAAAUUAAUUUGGACAAGACAUCGAGCUUACGGAACACAUUUUCAAAUUCAAGUGAUCUACAAGUCAAUAAUAAAUUUCAAACUAAACAAAAUAAUAAUAAAUGCAAUACAUCUGAUAAAUCAAUGAACUCAAAAGCACUCUUCACAAGACAUUCUAAAAGUCAAACCACUAAAAGAAAAAAAAAGUUUGUUUGUGACGAGUGUGAAGGGAUAUAUUAUAAUAAAUCAGAUAUAAUUACACACAUAAUGUGUUGUGUGGGAGGAAAGCUUAAUAUAUCUGAUAAUAAUUGUGAUAAAGGGUUUUCUCAAACAAGAGAUUUAAAAAAGAAUAAAAAGAUUCAUACGGGAUUAAAGUCAUUUAAAUGUGAUAUAUGCGAUAAAAAGUUUUCUCAAACAGGACAUUUAAAUAUACAUAAGAGAACACAUACUAGAGAUAAACCUUAUAAAUGUGAUAUCUGUGAUAAAACGUUUUAUUCUACAGGACAUUUAAAUAGACAUAAGAGAACACAUACUGGAGAUAAACCUUAUAAAUGUGAUAUCUGUGAUAAAAAGUUUUCUCAAUCAGAAUCGUUAAAAAUCCAUAUAAGAACACAUACUGGAGAUAAGCCUUAUCUAUGUGAAAUUUGUAAUAAAGGGUUUUCAGCACAAUCUAAUUUAAUAGCGCAUUCUAAGAUUCAUACUGGAGAUAAGCCUUAUAAAUGUGAUAUUUGUGAUAAAAGGUUUUCUCGAUUAGGAGAUUUAAACAGUCAUAAAAUGACACAUACUGGAGUCAAGACCAAUAAAUGUGAUAUUUGUGAUAAAGAGUUUUAUCGAGCAGCAAAUUUAAAAUGGCAUGAAAGGACACAUACUGGAGAAAAACCUUAUAAAUGUAAUAUCUGUGAUAAAAAGUUUUCUCAGUCAGCCAAUUUAAAAAGGCAUAAUAAGACACAUACUGGAGAUAAACCUUAUAAAUGUGAUAUCUGUGAUAAAACGUUUUAUUCUACAGGACAUUUAAAUAGACAUAAGAGAACACAUACUGGAGAUAAACCUUAUAAAUGUGAUAUCUGUGAUAAAAAGUUUUCUCAAUCAGAAUCGUUAAAAAUCCAUAUAAGAACACAUACUGGAGAUAAGCCUUAUCUAUGUGAAAUUUGUAAUAAAGGGUUUUCAGCACAAUCUAAUUUAAUAGCGCAUUCUAAGACUCAUACUGGAGAUAAGCCUUAUAAAUGUGAUAUUUGUGAUAAAAGGUUUUCUCGAUUAGGAGAUUUAAACAGUCAUAAAAUGACACAUACCAUUAAAAGAGCUUAAAAAUGCAAUUUUUUGUAAGGUUUUAAUAAUACCAAAAACUAAUCAUUUUUUAUGUACAUGAAAAAUAAUUCAUUAUUAAACUUUUAUGCGAUGAAUUUAUGUAUAAAGUGUUCCUCUGCUAAUUUAUAAUUAUAUUCCUCUCCACUAGCAGAUUUUGUGCUACUAUUCAAUUUAGUAAUUUACUGUUCGUGUUUAAUGAUAUAUUUAAAUAAAAAUCUUUGUAUUAUAAUAUUUAUAAGACACCUACUUAUAAUGUUCAAUAAAAUAUGUCUUAAUAAGGA